AUGUUACCAGUACAAGUAGUGAAUAGGGCUUUGUCUUCGAGACAAAUACAAGGGUUCGUUAGCGGUUUUAACGAGAUAGAUCAGAAUGAUCGUACUUCCGCUGCCGCUGUUAAUCCCAAGUUUCAUGUGAUUGGUUUUUGUGCGUCGAAACGGGGUUCGAUAUGUGUAACGGCUCUUUCUAGUAUCUUAAAAACAAAGGUCACUGAUAAACUUGUUCAAAAAGUUCACGACGAUGUUGUUACUGAUCUCCAAUGGAAUCAUUUCAACGAUAAUGUUCUCGCAUCCGCCUCUGCUGAUUCUACUGUUAAGAUUUGGCAUGUCACAGAUGAGCUGAAGAUAUCUUGUGUUCGAACAUUGACCCAACAUUCCGGUGCAGUGCGUAUACUACGAUGGCAUAGUACUGUUGAUAAUAUGCUCCUGAGUUAUGGCGACGAUGGAAAGUUAAUUUUAUGGAAUCUUAUACGAGAUCAAAUUGUGAUAGAGGUUUAUGAGAGUAAUUUGUUUGAUAUCAGUUUUUCCCUCAAUUCUUCAUAUAUAGCCUGUACUUCUUCGGACCCCAAAUUAAAAAUCUACAAAUCACGAACAGGUGUUAUGACACAUAGCAUCUCAUUGCCAUUGUUACAUGAGUCACCCAUAAAGGUACAAUUUCUAACCAACGAACAGGUGCUUGUACUAGGAUGUUCGAAAACGAAACGAAGACAACUCAUUGCCUACAGCGUUUUCUUUUUGUCGUCCCCUCUCUAUGUUCUGGAUAUCGAUGCAUAUGUUGGUGAAUUCCAACAUAUUUACGAUUAUGAUCUUAGGUUGCUGUACUUAUCUGGAAAAGCUUAUUCAACAAUAAAAGUUUAUGAGUUGAAUGACAAAUAUCCUUGGCAUAAAAUCGUACUAGAUUAUGAAGUCAAAGCCGAAUGCACAAAGUUGACUAAAAUGCCAAAACGAGGAUUGAUGCUUAAUGAACUGGAAAUAAUGCGUUUCUAUAGUCAUUGCGACAAAUCCUCUAAAUUCCAAGAAAUAUCUUUCCGAAUACUCAAAGAUGACAGUGAUAGCGGUAAAUCUGAUGUGUACCCUUCUACUAUCGGACCAACACCUGCAGCUACAUGUGCUGAAUGGCUAGCUGGUUUAGAUGCGAAUCCUGUUUUACUUGAGUUGAAGCCUGGUUUUCCUGUCGUUACAUCGAAGCCUGUUGAAUUGGCGGCUGUUCAGAAUGGCAGAGAAAUAAUGACAUCGCACCAUAACAAUGAUAAAAAAUUUCGAUUUUUGUCCCAGGUUACCAAGCCCGAUUAUCGUAUAAUUGAUGAACGGGAAGACUGUGAACAAAUUCGACUUAUCGAACAAGUGAAGCUGAAGCUUCAGUCAUCAACGGAAAGCUUCGAUACCAACGACAACGAAAUAGCCAAAGAUGCAGUUAGCGAUUCUUCUGUGGCGUCUGAUCGAGCAGAUUCGUCUUAUAACAAAAACGGUUCAUCAGGUGUUUAUGAGGAGAACUUGGGAAAAAGCUGCACUCUGGAAAUAGAAGACCAAAUCACUCAGAACACCGAUUUGUGUCCAGAUGCGUUUAACCUCGAUGAAAUCGAUGAAGCUCUGGAUUUGGAGAGCUUAGGAUCUAACGAUGAAAAUCAUGAAGAAUUUUCUGGAGAAAAUAAGAUUGCCCCUAUAGGAACGCCAGAAGAUCUAGAUCCCGAACCUCUAUACAAUGGUCAAGAGAACGAAAGCAGUUCAAUGCCAAAAGUCAUAGAUUCUAUUAUAACAACUGAUUCCCAUGAGAUUCCAUCCAACAUGCGAACAGCCGAGAAUCCUCUUUCUCAAACAAUCGUUAGAAGCCGUUUGGAGCAACGCACUAUGAGCAUUCCUAUUCCUACUUCGAACACUUUGAAUAAUAUUAUCACUCCGCCACUACAGUUUGUUGAAAGACUUCAUAUAUCAUCAUCUCCGAAGUCAGCUGAAGAGAUAAACAGCUCGUUCGGUAGCUCUGUCACGUCUGAUUGUAGGAUAGAACCAAUGAGCUCUCCCGUUUCCACACCACGGAGACGUCCUGUAGAUGAACCCUUAGAUGUCGAAACGAAUCCAUUCAAAGGAUGUUUUGACGAUCCUGAACCAAUUGUCUUAACCAGCCGAAUUAACACUACAGUAGAAACAGCUCGAUCCGAAUUCAAAACAAUUAGGAGUUCAUCGUCUGAAGAAGAAAAUGGAAAUGAUAGAAAAUCUUCUUUAACAAGCGAAACAUCCACCUCCUAUUCAACUGAUGGACACAAACUGCUUGAAAAUACAGUAUAUAUGCUUGAAGCUCAUUUGACUCGAUCUGAUAACAAAGUGAGGCAGCUGGAACGAAUUUGUGAGCUACAACAGAAAGAUAUUGAUAGUUUACGAUACGAGAUCGAAUGGAAAGACAAACGAAUCGAGUUCCUGCAAAAAGCUCUAGGAGAAUUAGAAUCGCAAACGUCUAGCUCACAUUCUGCUGCCACCACAGUUGACGGAAAUAUUGAAUGA